UCUUUGCUACUAAAAGAGACAGAACAACUACGCCAAGGGCUGGUCUCCGACAUGGACAGAUCCUUAUACAAUGAUGAUAGGGAUCUCUUUGAUAAUACUAAUAACCACAAUAAUAGUGAAGCAGAGCAUCUCAACAAGCGUAAAUAAAUCAAAUUCUGGCCCUAGGAGAUACAAAAACUUUAAAAAGAACGGAUUUAAGGUCAAGGAGAUCGAAACUGAUUUUCAACUUAACAGAAAUGAUUUGUUUAAUAAUAACAAAGGAAUGAAUACAGGGUUGAAUCAGACAUUGCAAAUUUUAGCAUCUUCUGGAGUCUCAUCCCCUCCAGCAUCAAAUAUUGUAAAUUCCCAUAAUUUCAGGGUAGGAGGAAGUGCCAAGAACAGUAGAUACAAUGGGAUGAAAAGGCCAGUCUCAGCUGUAAUGUCCAAGCUUAAUUCCCCAAACGCUUCAGUUGAUCUCCCUGUAUUCGACCUGAACAGGAUGCGACCCAAGAUUAUUAGAAAUGAUAAAAGAAGUCUUUACGAUAAUGUCCUGAAGCUCAAGCUUGCUCACAACUCUAAGGUCAGUGAAAACACAAAGCUUCGUACAAAUUUGUACAAAUUAGAAGCUGAAAAUACCCGAAAGGACAAAAUCCUUGAAGAGAUUCUUCAGAAUAACACUGGCAUUGCCCAAAUAGGCAGGAUCAAAGCAGAAGGCCACCUCUCCAGCGCCAUGAAAAGACAUAUCAAAGAUCUCAGACAAGAAGUGGAAAUGAAAGAUGAAGAGAUCAAGAGGCUUAACAAGAACAUCAGGCUCACUAAAUUCAAAGAGUUAGAGACUGAAGUCCAAACCUACAUGAAAGAAUGUGAAAGGCUAAGAAUACUUGCUAAGGGUGUUAUUACUUCAAAAGACCCCCUCCUUGAUAACCAAACCAGGCAUGAACUUGAGCAACGAUUUCAUGACCAAACAAUGAUCAUGGAAAGAUUACGUGGCGAGAACAGAAACCUCGAACAACUCCUACAUGAGAAAGAAAUAGAGAUUAUCCAUCUGAAGGAUCUCUCAGCUGAGAACAAAGAAAGACCAAAGAGUAACAAAUAGGGAUCCUUCUGUCAGAGAAAGACGCAGGCAUGAAAAGCAGCUAAAGUCUAAAUAACAAGGAAAUCAGCAAAUUACAAAGUGAAAUAUUAUCUUUAAAAUAAAACUCUAAAUAACCUCAAGUCCACAUGCCUGACACCAGAGCAGUUAAAAUCAGAACGUGAGAGAGACAGGCUCAAAAUGAGCGAUGUCUUAAGACAAAGAACCGCACUUGAAUCUGAGCUUAAUAAACUCAAGGCUGAUAAAUUUAGCCAGAAUAGGCAAGCCAACACCACAAGAAAUGAGAUUGAGGAUUUGAAAUAAACAACUACAGGACCAAAAGGAUAAGAAUAGUAGCCAGCAGAAGGAACUUGAAAGGUUCCGCACACUUUAUAUUACAGAGAAAUCCAUCCACACUCCUCAUUUAGAGUCAAAAGAUGACCCUCAGAAUGUGAGCCAAGCAGUCAAGCCUGCUCCAGACUUUACUAAGGUUCAUGGGAUUUCACUUAACCAGGAUGUCAGUGAAGUUAUUAACCAACCUGAUGAUCCCGAGGAAGAUAAUACAAGAAUAAACACCCCGAAGAAAGAAGAGACUAAAAUUGGUAAAGCUCUUAUGGAUAAGGAAAUUAUUAAUACUCCAGAGGGAGAUGACUACGAUGAAGAGGCUAAAAAGGAUAAACCAACACCACAAGAAACUCCUAAAACACCUCCCAAAAUUCCAACCAAGGGGAUCAUCCCGGUUCCUAUUGAAAAGCCUUUGUUAGAGCUUAAGUCGGUAGAAAAAGAAAAGACAAGCAAGAGGUCAGUCCGUUUGUCACAAGAGAAUGAGCCUAAAGUUUCUCCAAAAGCCGAAGAAAAAGUCCUUGAAACACCUAUGAGAAAAUCUCAUGAAGCCUCUGAGAGUAGUAUUCAUGUUUCCAAAAAGGAUGAGUCCAAAAAUGAUGUAAGUGAUGAUGGAGACAUAAGCAACAUUGCCGUAAACUACAUCAGCAGCACAUUGAAUCAAUACAUGGAUCAGACCACUGAAGAGAGGAAGACAACACCAAAGAAGCGGAAAUCCUCCAGUCAAGAGUCUAAACCUGAGGAAAGGGAAAUAGAGAUAGAAAUAAAGCCUGCUUCUCCAAAAGAGAACCAAGCUGACAACCCUGACGAUAACUUCGAUGAGGAUCUUGAAGAUGACGACAUUCGAGACCAAGAAUUAGAUCCACGCAAAGAUCGUCUCAGCUCCAAUAUAGAUGGCACCAAUAUGAAUGACCUAACUGAAAAUCGGAGUGACUCAAGCAUCGAGAUGGAGCUAGAAGAGAAGAAAUCUUCCAAUACAAAUGUUUACAAAUCCAGAGUGAGCAUCGUAGAUCUGCCAGAAUUUGUGAAAAUAGAGUUCAAGCUCAUACUCCAAAACAAGAAGAUUCCUUACGAGAAGAUAAGCAAGCUGUUCCCAUCAACAAAGAGGAUCAGCCUUGAGCAGCUGAAAGUACAUUUUGAGGAACUACAGAAGUUUGAGGACCCAGAUAUCAUCGAACAAAUCUGUAGAUAUCUAGUUGAGAAUGAUGCUCACGGGGAUCUUAUCCCCUACGACGUCAAUGCAGACAUGGACAAAAUUGCCGUUGUCUCAAAGUUCAAAAACAAGGUAGUCACUGAGGACUAUAUUAUCUUUGAUGAAGAUAAUGCCAUCAAGAAAGCAGAAAUGAAUGAAAUUAAGGAAAACAUCCAAGAAAUCCUCUCAUCUGAUAUGGACAUCUUCCGCUCAGCUCUGGGUAUUGAGGAUGUCAAUCAAAAUGGGUUUUUGAGCUACGAUCAGUUCCGAGGAGUUCUACGAGGCAUGAACCUUAACUUUACCAAGCUACAUAUUGAAUUCAUGGUCUAUGAGAUGUAUAAAAUGAGUCAGAACUCGAGGAAGCUAAACUACAGACACCUCCUAGAGAUCCUCACCCAAGACAGUAGUGAAUAUAUGCAUAAGUAUGAAGAUGUCGAAGAUGACUCCUUCUUCUCCCAGUCCGUCACCAAAGCUGAUGCACGAAAGUUUGCUCUAGAAGCACCGGAGAAUGCUAAGGAAGCAGAAAAUAUUGAUAAUGAAGAGACUCAGAUUAAUAAUUCUGAGAAUAUGAAUACGGAGAAUCACCAAGAUACUGAUAAAAAUCCUACUGAUGCUGACCUUGCAGAAGGCGAGGAUGAAUACAUUAAUGAUGAAGAAAUGAUUCGCAUCGCAGAGACAUGCUUACUCCGAAUCGCCAAUGAGCUUAAAGUCAAGGAUAUUUCCAUUAGAGAACUCUUCAAAGACGAUAUGGUGGUUGAACACAUAGAAGACCAGAAGAUUGAACUCCUUGCACCAAUACACUUCAUAGAGGGUAUCAGGAGGCUUGGAAUUGAGGACUUCACAGAGCUUGACAUUGCUUGAUUAGUGAAUAUACUCUCCAGACAAGAGUUAAGCGACCUUAUUCUCAUUGAAGAGCUUGACAUUCUGAAAGACACUGACAGACUUCGAGGUCUCAUAGAUGAAAUGCUCGAUAAGACUAAUGAAAACCAAGAAGUUUCAACUGAAGGGAAGGAAGAAGACGAAGAGCAACAGCCUGGAGAUGCUCCUAAAAAGAAAGGACUCGACUUCAACUGUGUCGGAGAUAGAAGUGUCUGAGUGAUUUUCCUCUUCAUCGAGCAUCUAAUCCGUAAUGAUUUGAACACUUAUAACUUCUUUGGCAACAAGGUGUACCAACAAUUGGUCAAGGCUAAGUCCAAGGAGUCCACAGUGGAGUUAAUCGCUGCUAAAGACUUUUUUGAUACACUCAAACAAGAGGUUGUCACUCAAGAAUUCCUCGAAACUAUUGAUGAUACCAAGAUUCUCACAAGAGAAGGAGAAACUUAUCAGACUGUCCAAGAGGAUCUUAAAGAUAUCCUUUCUAUUGAUUCUAAUUAUAAAGACUUAAUCUUUAUGAAGAAGUUGACUAAAUUUAUCGAGGAAGUUUCCCAAAGCGACGACCUCAAAGAGAGAGCACUCAACUUUAUUCCAAGCGAGAAUUUAGAAAUCGGAAAUAAUGAAGACUCUCUCCGUUCAGCUUUGCAUAACUUCCAGGCACCUCCAGAUGAUAACCGGAGAAACAUGAGUAACGGUGGUCUGGCUGGUGGAGCUGAAAGACUUAAGACUAUUGAAGAAGAGGAUAAGCAAUACGAAACUGCUAGCCAUAUCUACCAAACUCAGGAUCGUGGUACUUCUAAGAAUACUAGCCAUUUCAAGAAUAAGUCCAAAAAGAACGAUUUAUCACCAAACUCCCAAGACUUCUUCAGUGAUCCGGGUGCUAACAAGGGAGAUUCACGAAAAAGGCUUGACGAGAGUAGCUAUUCCAACGAGAGUUUUGCUUAAAUGAAUAUUUUCAUAUAACUAAAUUCCAUCUACAAGCCAGUAGGCACUU